AUGGAAGAGGUAUGGUUCUUGUCAGUGCAGCAGGGAUUGGGGCAGGCUGGGAUUGUUCCGGGGAAGAUCAAUGUUCAUUUGGUGGCUCACUCAAAUGAUGAUGUCGGUUGGUUGAAAACUGUGGAUAGUACUAUGUUGGAUCUAAUAAAUAGCAUCCAGGGUGCUUGUGUGCAGAAUGUGCUUGAUUCCAUAGUUCCGGCAUUGUUGGCUGAUAAGAAUCGCAUUCUUUCAGAGGUGGUGGACAGACCAGAGCGAGGAAGUCCAAGAUACCGUGAAGCAGCUCAUCAAGUCAGGUCAACUCGAGUUAAUAAAGGGGGUAUGUGCAUGCAUGAUGAAGCGGCGCCACAUUACAUUGAUAUGAUUGAUCAAACAACUCUUGGACCAUCGAUUUAUCAAAGAAGAAUUCAAUUUGACUCCAAGAAUUGGUUGGCAAUUGAUCCCUUUGGUCAUUCUGCAGUGCAGGCUUACUUGUUGAGUGCAGAGGUUGGAUUUGAUUCACUUUUCUUCGCAAGAAUUGACUAUCAAGACAGAGCUAAAAGGAAAGAUGAGAAGUCUCUUGAGGUUGUCUGGCGUGCCUCUAAGAGUCUUGGUUCUUCUGCACAGAUAUUUGCUGGUGCAUUCCCUGAGAAUUAUGAACCUCCCAGUAAUUUCUACUACGAAAUUAAUGAUGAUUCCCCAAUUAUCCAGGAUAACAUGAAUUUGUUUGACUAUAAUGUCCCUGAGCGCGUCAAUGAGUUUGUAGCUGCUGCCGUAGCUCAAGCUAACAUAACUCGGACAAAUCAUGUUAUGUGGACUAUGGGAACAGAUUUCAAGUAUCAAUAUGCACACACAUGGUUCCGGGCGAUGGACAAGUUUAUUCAUUAUGUCAAUCAAGAUGGUCGUGUUAAUGCCAUAUACUCAACUCCAUCGAUAUACACUGAUGCAAAGCAUGCGGCAAAUGAGGCCUGGCCACUGAAGACAGAUGACUACUUCCCAUAUGCAGACCGUGUAAAUGCUUACUGGACGGGAUAUUUUACAAGUAGGCCUGCCUUGAAAGGCUAUGUUAGAACAAUGAGUGCCUACUAUUUGGCAGCUAGACAAUUGGAGUUCUUUAAAGGAAAGAAUAAAGCUGGUGCCACCACUGACUCUUUGGCUGAUGCUUUAGCACUUGCACAACAUCAUGACGCAAUCAGUGGUACCUCGAAGCAGCACGUUGCUUCCGAUUAUGCAAAACGAUUGUCAAUUGGCUACAAGGAGGCUGAGGAAGUUGUUUCAGCAUCAUUUGCUUGCAUUGCAGAGUCAUGCCUAAAAACUGGUCGUCCAAAUCCAGUGGUGACGAAGUUUCAACAGUGUCCACUUCUGAAUAUAAGCUAUUGUCCUCCAUCAGAAGUUGAUCUGUCUACCAGAAAGAACCUGGUGGUGGUGGUGUACAAUCCCCUUGGGUGGAAAAGGGAGGAUGUUAUUAGAAUUCCUGUUUAUAACGAGAAAGUCACUGUGAAGGAUUCCGAAGGAAAAGAAGUUGAAUCACAACUUCUGCCCAUUCAAGAUGCGUAUAAGACCUUAAGAAACUACUAUUCUGUGGCUUAUUUGGGGAAAUCCAAAAAGGAGGCCCCAAAUUAUUGGCUUGCAUUCUCAGCAUCUGCACCACCUCUUGGUUACAACACUUAUAUCAUCUCAAGUGCCAAACAAUCAGCGGUUUCGUCGGAGAUUAAAUCAUUUUACAAUUCUGAAACUGCUAAAAAUGAUAAAAUAGAAGUGGGGCCAGGAAACGUGAAACUUGUAUAUUCUGGAAAUGAAGGAAACCUUAUUCAGUAUAUCAAUAGCAGAAGUAAAGUUGAGCAAUCGGUUGAGCAGUCAUAUAGCUAUUAUUACAGUGAUAAUGGAAGUGCUGAUUUGCAGGCCUCUGGAGCAUACAUCUUUCGUCCAAACGGUUCACAUCCCAUCGAUCCUCAACAGCAGGUUCUUCUUAACGUUCUACGGGGACCACUGGUGGAUGAGGUACAUCAGAGGAUCAAUUCAUGGAUAUAUCAGGUACUUGAAUGUUUGAAAAUCUGA